AUUUUCAGCGUAUUAGUGUUGAAAUAAAAAGGACCUCGAUGGCUCGUGGCCACCAGAAGUUUCAAUCACAGCAAAAGAACUUGAAGAAGCAAGAGGAGUUGAAGAAAUCAAAGGGAAGUGAUCAAAAAGCAGCUGCUAUAAAAGCACUUACACACAAGUGUACUGUCUGUAUGGCGUUGAUGCCAGAUCCGAAAACUUACAAGCAACAUUUCCAGUCGAAACAUCCAAAAGCUGCACUUCCACCAGAAUUGGUUGAUGUUCAAGCAUAAAUAUAUUGGAAUGAUAUUACUAUAACAAGCAUUUUUUAUUUGUGAUAUAUCAGAGAUUACCUUGUAUUGUCCAUGUAUCUCGCUGGCACAUUAUCGAUUUCCAUCAUAAUUCCUGCAUCAUUAAUAGUGCAGUUGUGUAUAUUCUCUCUCUCUUUUAUGAAUUAUGUUUUUUGUCUCAUAAUUUUAUUAACAUGGCGGUACUGUUUGUUUAAGUGAUAAACAACGUAAGACAGUACUAAUUUAUUAAGUGGUUACACUUCAUUUAAUGCUGGCGGCCGUUUUAAUCAUUGCAAUUAUAGGCAGUGGUUUCAAAUCUCUUUUUUUGUGGUAAUUAACUUCUUUCAAUUGUAUAAUAUUUAAAUGUGGGUUUUCAGCUACGACUAAAGGAAU